CACUGACAACAAGUUCAAUGGAAGCAGCGUAGGAGGCAUAAACUCCUUUUGAGGUUCAAGUCUGAGUCUGAGAUCUUUCUAUUGCCUUCAUCAUCUGGGAGAGUGCCUUGCACCCAGCAGAAGCCUGAUCAUGAUUGUUGAGUCCACCUAGUAUCACGGUGCAAGUGAGAUACAACAUUCCUCUUUCAACCUUUCUUGGUGGCCCAUCUCUGGCCAUGACACAGGAAUUUUUCAAAUUGAGACUAAUUGCAGUGGUUCGGUUGACUGGCAUUCAUAGGAAUGAAGACAAGCACAGAGAUGGUGUGUCUAAGAAACUUCAAAAGGUGUAGACCUCCUGAUUGAAGCGUAGCUGAUUUAUUUGAUUCAUUUUUUAAUUAUAUUUCUGCACUCUUACAAGGGAAAGCCAUGAUUACACUAACAGAGCUAAAAUGUUUAGCAGACGCUCAGUCUUCUUAUCACAUCUUGAAACCAUGGUGGGACGUCUUCUGGUAUUACAUCACCCUGAUCAUGCUGCUGGUGGCCGUGCUGGCUGGAGCUCUCCAGCUUACACAAAGCAGGGUUCUGUGCUGUCUUCCAUGCAAAGUGGAGUUUGACAAUCACUGUGCCGUGCCUUGGGACAUCCUGAAAGCCAGCAUGAACACAUCCUCUCACCCCGGGACACCACUUCCACUCCCCCUCCGAAUCCAGAAUGACCUCCACCGGCAACAGUACUCCUAUAUAGAUGCUGUCUGUUACGAGAAGCAGCUCCAUUGGUUUGCAAAGUUUUUUCCCUACCUGGUGCUCUUGCACACGCUCAUCUUUGCAGCCUGCAGCAACUUUUGGCUUCACUACCCCAGUACCAGUUCCAGGCUCGAGCAUUUUGUGGCCAUCCUUCACAAGUGCUUUGAUUCUCCAUGGACCACCCGUGCCCUGUCGGAAACUGUGGCUGAGCAAUCCGGGAGACCCCUGAAACUCUCCAAGUCCAAGAUUUUGCUUUCAUCCUCAGGAUGUUCAGCUGACAUUGAUUCCAACAAGCAGUCAUUGCCCUACCCGCAGCCGGGCUUAGAGCCAGCUGGCAUAGAAAGCCCAACUUCUAGUGUCCUGGACAAGAAGGAGGGCGAACAGGCCAAAGCCAUCUUUGAAAAAGUGAAAAGGUUCCGCAUGCACGUGGAGCAGAAGGACAUCAUUUAUAGGGUGUAUCUGAAGCAGAUAAUAGUCAAAGUCAUUUUGUUUGUCCUCAUCAUAACUUACGUCCCAUAUUUUUUAACCUACAUCACUCUUGAAAUCGACUGUUCAGUUGAUGUGCAGGCUUUUACAGGAUAUAAACGCUACCAGUGUGUCUACUCCUUGGCAGAAAUAUUUAAGGUCCUGGCUUCAUUUUAUGUCAUUUUGGUUAUACUCUAUGGUCUGACCUCCUCCUACAGCUUGUGGUGGAUGCUGAGGAGUUCCCUGAAGCAAUACUCCUUUGAGGCGUUAAGAGAAAAAAGCAACUACAGUGACAUCCCUGAUGUCAAGAAUGACUUUGCCUUUAUCCUUCACCUGGCUGAUCAGUACGAUCCUCUUUAUUCCAAACGUUUCUCCAUAUUCUUGUCAGAGGUCAGUGAGAACAAGCUGAAACAGAUCAACCUCAAUAACGAAUGGACAGUGGAGAAACUGAAAAGUAAGCUUGUGAAGAAUUCCCAGGACAAGACAGAACUGCAUCUUUUCAUGCUCAGCGGUCUUCCAGACAAUGUCUUCGAGUUAACUGAAAUGGAAGUGCUAAGCCUGGAGCUUAUCCCAGAGGUGAAACUGCCUUCCACAGUCUCACAGCUGGUCAACCUAAAGGAACUCCAUGUGUAUCAUUCAUCUCUGAUAGUAGACCAUCCCGCACUGGCCUUUCUAGAGGAGAACUUAAAAAUCCUCCGACUGAAAUUUACUGAAAUGGGAAAAAUCCCACGCUGGGUAUUUCAUCUGAAGAACCUCAAGGAACUUUAUCUGUCAGGCUGUGUUCUACCCGAGCAGUUGACCACCACGCAGUUGGAGGGCUUUCAGGACUUAAAAAAUCUGAGGACCCUCUACUUAAAGAGCAGCCUCUCCCGGAUCCCACAGGUCGUUACAGACCUUCUGCCUUCCCUGCAGAAGUUGUCCCUUGAUAACGAGGGAAGCAAACUGGUUGUGUUGAACAACUUAAAAAAGAUGGUUAAUCUGAAAAGCCUAGAACUGAUCAGCUGUGACCUAGAACGCAUUCCACACUCCAUUUUCAGCCUGAACAAUUUGCAUGAGUUGGACUUAAAGGAAAAUAACCUUAAAACUGUGGAAGAGAUCAUUAGCUUUCAGCAUCUUCAAAAUCUUUCCUGCUUAAAGUUAUGGCAUAAUAACAUUGCAUAUAUUCCCGCACAAAUCGGGGCACUAUCUAACCUAGAGCAGCUCUCUUUGGACCACAAUAAUAUUGAGAAUCUGCCCUUACAGCUUUUUCUAUGCACCAAACUGCAUUAUUUGGAUCUAAGCUAUAAUCACCUGACCUUCAUUCCAGAAGAAAUCCAGUAUCUGAGUAAUUUGCAGUACUUUGCUGUAACCAACAACAAUAUUGAGAUGCUGCCAGAUGGGCUGUUUCAGUGCAAAAAGCUGCAGUGUUUACUUUUAGGGAAAAAUAGCUUGAUGAAUUUGUCCCCUCACGUGGGUGAGCUGUCGAACCUUACUCAUCUGGAGCUCAUUGGCAAUUACCUGGAAGCACUCCCCCCUGAACUGGAAGGCUGUCAGUCCCUAAAACGGAGCUGUCUGAUUGUCGAGGAGAAUUUGCUCAAUACUCUUCCUCUCCCUGUAACAGAACGUUUGCAGACGUGCUUAGACAAAUGUUGACCUAAAGCAAAGAGACCUACGUUUAAAAAUUAUUUUUAAGGUGUGUUUCAGGGCUUUAAAUGAAAAGCAAAAUGUUCUAAGUUAUAAAGAUGAAAAAUGGGUGGUGAUUCUGAUGAACCGUAACUAAAUGUCUUAUUAAAGCAACUCAGUGUCUAACCCUAAAUUAAACAGGUAAAAAAAUGUUAACACUAACCUGAACUUUUGAAAAUAAUUGUUCUUUAACUUAUUGAAAUGCUGUAAGAAUGCACAUCGAGGGUGGAAUGGGGGCCUGAAAUUACUUGUAGGUUUUACCUUGGAGGUUGUGGAAAUAGUCUCUCCUCUCCCUCCCCAGCCCUCCUUACUUAUUUGCACAUUUGUUUUAACUGACUUCCUGUUUUGGUAUUUAUCACCAAGAUCACAAACUCGUCAAUAUAAAUUAUCUUAUUGUGUACUCACCCCUGUCUUUGAUUUAUGUUCUUAAAUUUUUUUAGGCAGGAGCUAUUGUGCUUGGCAGUAUUCCUUUUUGGAUUAAUUUUUACUUCCUUUUUGAGCUUGCUUUAGUCUUCCUUAAUCUGAUUUUCUCUUAACAACAAUGAUUAACCCUGCGAAAAUGCCUGCAUUUGGCCUUUGCCUAGAACAGGAGCAGGGUACUUAAGCCGUGUUAUGCUCGGGAUAUCCUGAAAGUUAAUGUAUUCUCUAAAAUGUCUUGUCUAUCAUCAAAGCCUUUUUUAAAUUUGUUAAGAAUUUUUAUAUGAAAUGUAAAACAUAUCAAUAUUUUUUAUUGUAUAAUCUUGGAUUCAACAUCUGUGAGGAUAAUUGUUGUAGGGUACAUAGAGCAUAUGCAUUUCUUUAAGAACGUCCUGAUAGUGUACUUGGUUUGGGCUGUUUGUGAUUCUCAUGUUUGUGUACAUUCUGCUCCAAAAUGUUCUUGUACUCUGCAACUAAUUUCUUGGAUAACAAAAGCCUUGUGUUUAAUGCCCUAAAGUAUUUGGGGAUUUCCUUGUGAGAGGGUGGCCUAAUCACAUCUACCUCUCUCUUCCCUGGUCACUGUACAGUCGUAUGGGUACGUUUCUUAAUUACUUACACAAACUGUGAUGGGGGGGGGGAAGGUAUGGAUUUGGUUUGUAAAUUGAUUUUAAGAUACUUUGUAGAAAUGUAGUAAGAAUAAGACCAGGCGUGGUGGCUUACGCCUGUAAUCCUAGCAUUUUGAGAGAUGGAGACAAGAGGAUUGCCUGAGCC